AUGUUUAAUAGCCACUUUCUAGUCCUUGCCGUUGCCUUCGGCACAGCAUGGUUCUUCCUGCCGGUGGCAGGUAGCGUGCUACCUAAAGGUCAGAUUGGUGAAAGUCGCCAGGACACAGGCAAUAAGUGGAUGGAUACAUGGACAUCGAUGCCCCAGCUCGUGGAACCGGGCAACUUACCCCCUUUACCAUUCACACCACAGAGUGUCGUUUUUAACGAAGCAACACUUCACCAGACUCUCCACGUUUCCAUUGGAGCUGAUAGGAUCAGACUACAAAUCUCAAAUACUUUCGGCGGCAGCGACCUCCCAAUCACCGAAGGUGCCAUCGCUCUUCCUACUGUCAUCGAGGCGUCACCGAUAGCCAGUCUGACUUGUAACGGAGCUACGUCGGUAACAAUCCCGAAGGGCGAAGUGGCAUACUCAGACCCGAUUGAUUUUUCAGUUGCGGCCGAGUCGAUGCUUACCUUAACCCUCUAUCCUGCUGCUGGGCAGCCUAGAAACAGCAUUACGGGUCAUCCUGGGAGUCGGACUAUGUCUUGGAUGCAAGAAGGCAACCAAGUAAAUGCAACUAGCAUAACUGGAUCGAGCGUCGCUCGUAUUUCCUGGCCGGACUUGCUCCUUGCACGGAUUCAGACAAACCAACUCACCGAAAUAGGAGUUGACAACCAGGCCGCAGGAGGCAACCGCGUCCUCCAGGGCCUCGGUCCCAGCCUAAUCAGCCGGUAUAAGCGUGAUGCUAUUGAGAAAGAAUGCGUAAAAUACAUCAUGAUCUUUGAGGGCGUCAAUGACAUUAGAACGGCAGGGACUAACCAGAAUACCCGAACUCGACUUGGAGACAAGCUCAUAUCUGCGUUCACGCAGAUCGCCAAUGGUGCACGCGCCGCUGGCAUUCUCAUCUUUGCUACGAUCACGCCGUUCUCGGGACCAGGGCAGUCGUAUUCUGACCCUACUCGUGAGGUAACACGGCAGAGGGUUAAUGGUUGGUUCACAUCAAGCGGGCUGUUUGAUGCCGUUGUUGAUUUCGAUGCGGUCGUUCGCGAUCCGGCGACUCCUUCGCAGUUGGCCCCAGAAUACAACGGCGGAGACUAUCUCCACCCUAAUGUCGCGGGGUAUCAGGUUAUUGCGGAUGCGUUUCCGUUGGAUAUAUUUACGGCUGCGGCUAGCAAACGUGCCGUAUAG